AUGGGCAAGGCUCGGGGGACAGGUCUAGUUGGAGGGGUUGUUGCUGCAUCGCGCGCUCCCACCGCAUGCCCCUCCCACGAGCAGGACGGACGGUAUGUCCUCCCGACCUUCCUCGGCGAGGUCUUCCAACUGGCGAGAGACUCCAUCCCCGUGAUCCUUGCCUACGCUCUCCAGAACAGCCUGCAGGCGACCUCGAUCCUAAUCGUGGGACGCACGUCGCCCGAGGAUCUCGCCACGGCGGCUUUCUCGUUCAUGUUCGCCGCGGUCACCGGGUGGAUGAUCGCGCUCGGGGGCACGACGGCGCUGGACACGCUGGCGUCGUCGGCGUUCACCGCGAGCGCGAACAAACACGAUCUGGGGGUCCUGUUGCAGCGCGGGUUCCUCGUGCUCGGCCUGUUCUACCUCCCGGUUGCGGGGCUGUGGGCUUGCGCAGAGCCCGUCUUUCUCCUGCUGGGGCAGCAGCCCCAGCUGUCGAGGGAUAGUGCCCGGUUCUUGACUUGCUUGAUUCCCGGGGGGCUGGGGUAUAUAUACUUUGAGUUGAUGAAGAAGUAUCUUCAGGCGCAAGGCUUGAUGCGUCCGGGAACCUAUGUCUUGUUGAUCACGGUGCCGUGCAAUCUCUGCCUCAACCUUUUCUGCUCUUCCACGCUUCGUCUGGGGCUGCUGGGCGCCCCGAUCGCCACGGGCGUCUCGUACUGGGUGUCUUUCGGGCUGCUGGCCCUGUAUACCCGCUACGUUGCGGGGGCCGAAUGCUGGGGCGGCUUGUCGCGCGAAGCCCUCCGCAACCUGGGGACGUUUGCGCGCUUGGCCCUCCUGGGAGUCGUGCAGGUGGGCACGGAGUGGUGGGCUUUCGAGAUUGUGGCCCUGGCCGCUGGUCGACUCGGGACUAUUCCCCUGGCCGCGCAAAGUGUCAUCAUGACCGCGGACCAGAUCCUCAACACCAUCCCCUUCGGGGUCGGUGUCGCCGCCUCUGCGCGGAUCGGGAAUCGGUUGGGCUCGCGAGAUGCCGCGGGAGCGUCCCGGGCAGCCAACGCAGCCGCUUGUCUGAGCAUGGUGCUGGGAGGGAUGGUGCUGGUGAUGCUGAUGGGCACUCGUCACGACUUCGCCAAGAUUGCCAACUCCGAUGCACGGGUGGUGGCGCUUACGGCCGACGUCCUGCCGUGGGUGGCGCUGUUUCAGAUCGCAGAUGGUCUGAAUGGGAGCUGUGGGGGCAGUCUUCGGGGCAUGGGGCGACAGCAUGUGGGCGCGUUGGUCAAUCUGGUCAGCUAUUAUGGUGGUGCGCUACCAUUGGGGAUCUGGUUGGCCUUCCAUGGCUGGGGGAUUCAGGGUCUCUGGGUUGGGCAGUGCGUUGCUCUGUAUCUGGUUGGCGCGCUGGAGUGGACGAUUGUGGCUCUGAGUGACUGGGACAGGGAGGUCGAUAAGGCAUUCCUGCGGGUUGAUGCUGAUAAACAGGGAGACUGUCAGGGAGUUGCUGAGGGUAUUGCUGUGGGUGUGUGA